UCCGAGAAAACCCCCCGAUCCUCGUCUCUCUCUCUCUCUCUCUCUCCUCUCUCCUCUUUGUAGUUUCGUGUGUGCGUUUUCUCUCUCUUCCGCCCGGGUCUCCUCCACCCCCACGCGAUUCGGAUAACCCAAAAACCCUCCGCCCCUCCUCCUCUCUCUCUCUCUCUCUCUCCUAAAUCCAUUGUUUCGCUCGGUCCGAACUGCGCUGAAAUUUUCUCUUCCGCCCAAUUUUGCGAGAUUUUCACUGUGGAUUUACUGCGAAUACAUUGUGCGUCUACGACUUUUCGCGCUUGGCAUUGAGUGUGUUUCGUGUAUUGUUUGUUCGGGUUCGGUCGAAGCUCGCUUCGAUUCUAGGGUUUCGUGUGUUUUGAUUAAGUACUCCAGUUUGCAUAUGGAGGGAAAGUUUUUGUUAAUUUUGAGCACAACAUCUAUCCAUACAUUUGCAUAAAGCUCUGCUGUGCUUGGGAUAUUUUUAAACAUUUCAUGCCCAAUGGCGGUUGAUCAGCGGAAAAAACGGCCAAAUGCUGCCAGUGUUGUAGGAUGCAGUUCUCGAGAGCAACAUAAAUCAAAAAAGAAGAAUCUUCGAUCACCACAAUAUGAUUUAAAGAUGAGGUCUCAUGUAUCCCUUGAGUGGGAUGAUGACCAGAAAAGGGUUGUUCCCAAAAAAGAGCAGAUUGGCAUAGCUCGGAGAGACUUAACUCCAUUUAUUGAUUAUGCUCCUCAUUGCCACAAUGCCUUGGCAGAUGUUUUUGCAGUUCCGCAAGAAAUCUUGGAGUUGGGGAAUCUUACAGAAGUGCUCUCAUAUGAGGCUUGGGAGACUAGUCUGACAGAGAAGGAGAGAAAUUUUCUCAUGCAUUUUCUUCCUAGAGGGCUAGAGGCACAGCAAGUUGUUCAAGCAUUGCUUGGGGGUGAUAAUUUUCACUUUGGAAAUCCUUUUCUUAAAUGGGGUGUUUCACUUUGUUCUGGUGAUCUUCACCCAGAUGUGGUUCUUCACAAUGAGCAGUGUUUCAAGGCUAAUAAGAAAGGCUACUAUUCAGAGCUACAAAAGUAUCAUAAUGAUAUUAUAAGGAACUUGCAGAAGUGGAAGGAGCGAUGGACAAGCUGCAAGGAUCCCGAAAAGGAAAUUGUUCAGAACCUAUGGAGAUCAAAGACACAGAUGGACAAGAAUGUUUCUUCACAUGCAAAUGAAUUUAGAUGUCAUGAUCCUGAGGAGAAUCUUACAGCAACAUCUGAAUCUUGUUCUUGGGGGACAGAUGAGAAAGGCUGUAGCGGUGAUAACCUGAACUCCUCCAUUAUGAAGGGUGGGGAACUUACAGAAAGGUGUAUACGCAGGAAAGGGUUUAUGAAGGAGAAAUCUGGAAGCUCAUUGGUUGCAUCAGAUGGGCUUCAGUUAGUGGCAAGGCCUAGAAAAGGAGAAAAGCUACAUAAGCGUAAUAUUGGAUGUAAUGAUGGUGCCAAAUAUAUGUCUUACAUCAAGAUUAGCAAGAAGCAGCAUCAGCUUGUUAAGAAUAUGAAGCAAUCUGGUAAUAACAUUCAACCUAGGUCUCUUAACCGUGUUUUAGGUAAUCUUGAUCAUUUUCAUGUGCAACCAUAUGAAUUCUUCGUGGAGGAAGAACGAAAGAAGUUGCGUGAGCACUGGUUGCAAUUGGCAAACAUAGAUCUCCCAGAAGCAUUUGCAAAUUGGAGGAAAGGACGGUUACAAAGACAGCAAACGAUAAAGUCUUUGGAACAAGAAAUGAAAGAAAAAUUUAGAUCAUUGACAGAGCCUGGAUGUCAGGCUGAUGAUGAGAACUCUGGUGGCAUGCUUCUGGAGCGGAAGGAUUUUAGAGCAAAUGAUGAUGAGCUCAGCAAUGAACUGAAUGGAGAUGAUGAAGAGUCUUCUCUUGCCUCCACACCGAGUCAGCAUUUGCCAGAGAUCUCCCCACUGAAUGGUAGCCAUCAUUUCAGCCCCAUGGAUAUGGAUUUAGAAGACGAUCACUUAGUUUCAAAACUGGAUGAUGCUCCUCCGGAUGUAUCGGAGUACUCAGAAAAUUUGAAUUCCACUGAUGUUGCUCUUACUCAGGGAGUUCCCCUCUCUUCUUCUGAAGAUGUCUGGCCAGCAGCAAGUGCUUCCCUUCCUUAUUACAGUUCAACUUCAAGGCAUGAAUAUGCACCUACUAGUGAAUUGCCACUUGGGCAUUCACAGGUGAUUGAAGGGCAACAGGCCCAUAUUAAUUUGGAAUCUGACAUGAAGGAAGCGGAAAUGAGGAAAAAUCUGUUGCACAGACAGUUCAAAGAUGGGUCCCUCAAUUCUUGCCCAAACCAAGACCGAGACGAGCUGCUUCAAUCAUUUUUUAAGGGUCGGGAUAUGUCAUCUUACCAUCGUGAGCCAAGACAAGCAGGAUCAAAUUUCCAGGCAACAGCCAAUAUGUUUAUGGAAAGUGACCAUUUUCCCAGGCAUUUCCAGGAGCAGCUACAGCCCCCAUUGUCACUGGAGCAUAUGCACAACCGGCUGAAUGAGAUUUACACUCGUCGAAACACUCAGGAUAACAUGUUUUCUGAUGGAGGCAGGUAUUUUAUUCCGAGGCAAGAGCAUAUUCCACCGGUAAGUGUGCGAGAUUGGGUUGUAAACCCCACCCGCGUGUUGACACCUCCCCAGUUGCAAACUAUUGGUGGAGAAUUGUUGAGUCAGAAUUUGUUUCCAGGUGAGCGUACACUCCGUGGUGAUUUGUCAGGUCCCGAUGGUACUUGUAUUUCUAACCAUGGCAUUGGGAAUGGAGAUGGGAGCCUAUUUAGUGUUCUCUCUCAGUGUAACGAAAUGCGUUCUGGUACUUACAAUUCUUUGCGCCCAACAGAGCAGUUAAUUUCAGCAGGAAACCAUGGUGUGAUGGGAGGCAGCGCACUUAGAAACAGCAAUGUUUUUCCACAGGCAGUUAAUCCACUAGACUACUUGGGCAGCCGGGAAGCCGCUUCUGCCUUGAUGAGCAGCAAUUUGGGAUGGAUGAGCUUGCCUCAUCAGAACUCUGCUCUCCAUGAUUCAAUGGGGAAAUCGUUCUUGAGGUCAUGGAAUCAAUAAGAAUUUUUGUGGUUUCUUUUUUUUUUUAGGGGGCAGAACCAUGUGAGCUUGGAAAACGGGAUGCACGUGGAUGAAACCAGGGCUUCCUCGUUUUUUCUUUUUUCAGGGGAAAGAGGGCUUUUGGGGGUGUUGCAGAAGCGGAAUAUGCAUUAUGCAGACCCUGAAAAUAGGAUUUUGUACAUAGCCAUACAAGAGCAGCAAAGGUAAUGUGUGUAUAUAUAUGUAUGUAUGUAUCCAGGUGAUGCUUUAGACGGGCAAGCGAGGUGAAGUUAAUUGUAGGGUCAAUGAAUCAAGGUAUCUCCUAUUUGAUAGGUAACCGUAUAUAUACAUAUGUUUUUAAGUCAUUGGCAAUUUUCUUCUCUCCUAUUCACUGAGAGAGACCUUUGAAUGACAGCUAUUUUUGAAAUAAAACCUAUUAUACAACUAUUGUUAUUGUUCCUGA